AUGGUCCGAGCAUUCUCAUCUGUUCCGGCUGGAUGCCCUGGGGCUAUCAGUGGACCUGUUUGCUAUGAGGAUGAUAUUGCGCAUGUUCAGGUGAAUAAUGGGUAUAGUAAGAAGUACGCUGAUGGUUGGGAACGCAUCUUUGGCAAGGCCAAAGGAGACAAACAAGCUGUCAAGAAAUAG